UCAGAAAAUACAUUACUCCAUGUACUUCCGCUGUAAACAGUAGUAGAAGAAAUGUGACAGAAACUCAAACUGGAGAAAGUUUGUAUGCCAGAAUGUCACAGAAAGCCAACAGCGACCCCGUGGUUUUGGCGACUGCAGGUUAUGACCACACCAUACGAUUCUGGCAGGCACACACGGGGAUCUGCUACAGAACAGUUCAACACCCCGAUUCUCAAGUGAAUGCCCUAGAAAUCACCCCAGACAAACAGAUGAUUGCAGCUGCAGGUUAUCAGCACAUUCGUAUGUACGAUCUGAACUCAGAUAACCCCAACCCUGUAGUGAAUUAUGAUGGUAUUCAGAAAAAUGUUACCAGUGUAGGCUUCCAUGAGGAGGGGAAGUGGAUGUAUACCGGGGGAGAGGACAACACAGUCCGCAUCUGGGAUCUCAGAACAAGAAGUUUGCAGUGCCAAAGAAUUUUCCAGGCUAAUGCUCCUGUGAAUUGUGUUUGUCUACAUCCAAAUCAGGGAGAAAUAUUUGUUGGAGAUCAGAGUGGCAGGAUUCACAUCUGGGAUCUGAAGAAAGACAGCAGUGAAAGUUUGACUCCGCAGAAAGAUGCUUCUAUUCAGUCCAUUAGUAUUGAUCCUAUGGGAACAAUGAUGGCUGCGAUCAACAAUAAGGGUGUGUGUUACAUAUGGACCCUCUCUGGAGGAAGGGGAACUGACCCAGUCAAAAUCCACUUAAAGAAGACCUUUGAAGCUCACUCCAAAUAUGGAAUCAAAUGUCUGUUCAGUCCCGAUUCAACGAACUUCCUUGCAUUAGUCCACACAAAACCAAGUCCACAGAUAGAUGGAGGGACUAACAUUUGUUUCCCAUUACUGUUCAAUAGUAUGAUGUUACUAGCCACAACCUCUGCUGACCAAACGUGUAAGAUCUGGCGGACGGCUGACCACACAUUGAUGACAGAACUCAAGGAAAACACACAGAGAUGGGUGUGGGACUGUGCAUUUAGCGGAGAUUCCCAGUACAUCAUCACAGCUUCUUCAGACAACAUGGCCCGCCUCUGGUCAGUUGAGUCAGGAGAUGUGAAGAAAGAAUACAGUGGUCACCAGAAAGCUGUGGUCUGUCUCGCCUUUAGAGACGAGUUUGUGCAAUAACCACCAGGGACCAGGGACUCCAUGAUAAAUAACACCCUGUUCAGUUUAGCUACCAUGUAGCGUGUGAAGAUGUGUGGUGUAUGUACAGCAAAAUUUGUUCAUGAAUUCAAAGAAUGCUUGUUGAAUGUCUGGGGUAUAUUGUUAUGUAUUUCAAAUAAAAUGUCAUUUAUACUUUA